AUGGUCAUCAUUGACAAGUCCGGAGUUCAUCGCCUCCGGGUUCGAUGCUGCGAUUGUCCAAAUGCCAUGAGUCCAGACCUUCAAAUGUUUCGACAUGGAUUUUUCCCCGCUUCAUUUAACAAGCCGAAGACUUUAUUCACCUUCAGGGUUCUCGAUGAUUUUCUAUGGACAACCUUGAAUCUCCGGCGAAUGACCUCGAGGAUGUUUCCACACCUUGUACCGGACCGAUACCGAGAGCUCAUGAGAGUCGCCCGACAGUGGAGGCAGUUGAAGACGAUGAAAUGGCAUGGCUUCGGCCAUUGUUCCGACAGCCCGAAUGCAGGAGAUCUCGCAUUAUUUUGCCCGGCAUGUCCUCAGCCUGGGAUUAAUGUGUCCUUCUCAGGGGAUGAAUCACUUGAUGAGUGGAAAUACACCCGGUCAUUUGUUAUGGAUGGAAAUUUCAAAGCUGAACACCUGCAUCCCAUGAAGCCAUUUGAUGAAGUUUGGCUGUCAGAUGGGUUGGGAUUCAUGGUGGGAAAGGACAGGUAUAACACGCAUCUUGCAGAGGCUGCCGACACUUUAGAAAAAUCAAGCUGCAACAAUCACCGGGCAGUAAAUCAAGCAAAUGCGGCUCGGCACAAGCUGGAAUCCACGGUAUCGGGGGAGUAG